AUGACGGGGAGCCUUCAGUUUCAGAACAAGGUGCACACCGAUUGCAGCUCAGCGGCCAAGGAGUGGCCGCAAUGCACGAUGAGCAGCCAUUGCAACGAGCCCAUCAAGAAUGGGGCCUUGACCGGAGUGAGCUUAGAAGGCAAGCAGCUGCCUUGCAGCACGACCCCGAUUAGCACCAGCGGCGUAUACAAGACGGGUUGGAUCGACUUGAAGGGUGCGAAGUACGAAGUAACGUGCCCCGAGGGCAUGCUGCUGAGCACCUUGGAUCACUCCUACAAUCCUGCUACGAAGCAGGGCCUUUUCUUCUACAGCUGCGUGCGGGCCACGGCCUUGGGCUCCUGCCAGAAUGUCGCCUUCAGCACCGAGGGAUUGGAGGUCCAGUGCCCCGAGGAGGCGGCCCUCCAGUCCUUCGUCCUGAAGAAGAGCUCCUCGGGCAGCUGGAGCAUCUCGCCGCGGUGCUGCUACGCGGCCUCGCUGGUGCUGGGCCUACGCCGGUCACCGCUGAAGGAUCCCGAUCAGAUCGCUGACCGGCUUCAGAGUUGGGAGGGCGUGUAUUGCCCAAGUUUGAGGGAUGAGAGCGGGAGGCUUCAGUACCUGCAACGCAGCUCCUUCAAGAAUCCCCGUGCUAACUUCAGCCAAAGCGUCGACGAGAGCCGAAGCUUGUCCUUCGACCUGACGUUCGGGCAGUGGUGCUUGGCUGGCGUCUGUGCUGCGAGUGAUGCAGCCGACCCCAUCGAUGAGGGCAGUCGCCCGCUCCUCGCGGAGACAUGGGAAGCCGUGGCGGUCACGGACUUUGACGGCCGGUUCGGCACACCGACGCCGACCACAGGAGCGACGAAGGGGAAGCGCAAGAAGCCCACUCUGGUGAAGUUCCAUGCGCUCGUGCCGAACGUGCCGGUGGAAUGCAAGGAGACAGUCCCUGACUGGGACACUGUCGGAAAGACGCUUUCAAAGGAGAAUCCCUGCUACUACGUGACAGGCAAGGCGGCUCAUCAAGAUCCGCAUUCCGAUGUUUUUGACACCUGGGGAGCAGAAGGCUACGCGCAGUGGUGGGAAAGCACAAAGUGGUCGGCAGAGGGGCAAGACUUCAACAUGGGCGGCCGCGGGGGUGCCGGCUUCAGCUACGAGCACAUCGUGGGCUGCUGGGACAGGGAAGGCAAGCGAUCAGGCCACUUGAAGAGUCGAGAGCGGGACGUUUCGGAGGGGAAGGACACCAUUACAGCCUUCUUCAAUGGCCCAGUGGGCCUCGCUUGCUUGUUUGCUCCUGACGAUGCGGCCGCCCCACUUGGCAUUGGGGCCAUCAUUAAAACGAGCAAAAUUUGCGAUGGUGUCAUCAAAAAGAGUGUCGAGGAGGUCUACAGUGGGAUAGAGUGGAUGACAGACCAGUACGAGGCCAACAGCGAUAAGGAAAGCGACGCGGACUGUAGCGGUGACCAUGCUGCGAUCCAGCGCAUAUGGUGCGACCUCCACUGUGUCAGAGAGGCGGUUGAGGAGGGGACCACCGCGAUCCUGGGAUCCUUGAAGGAGGCAGUGAACGUCCUGGACACAAACUUUGAUCGCCUCAUGCAAUACUACACCGGCCUUGCUGGUGACAAAGUGGAUGCGCUUGCUGGCCCAAAGAAGCUGAGCGCGGCUGAGGUGAAGAAGUCGUUGCUUGUCAAACUGGGCCAAGUGCAUCGCCUCGUCUCUGCGCCCUUGGACCAGGUUGGGAACGUGGCGUCUCAAAACUUGCUGGAGACGUUUCUCCAAGAUUUGCACAAUCGCUCCAGCGCAGCCGAAGUCGUCGAGGAUGUGGAGCAGCUUCAUGCGUCCAUGCUCCACAUUGCCCGACGCAGCAAGUUGAGCGCCAGUGCCGCCGUAGCUGCCAAUGUGGGCAGGGCGGCAGUGAGCAUGCAAGAGCUGGCACGCAGCAGGAGCCAUCUUCUGGGCGUCUACUCGCACCACGGCCGCGUCUCGAGGCAGCGCCAGCAACGCCUGGCAGCUGUCGCGCAGUCGGAAAGCGAUCGGCAGCUCCUGGAGGGAGGUGAUGCCGUAGGCUCGGCCAAGAGCUUAGGCGGCGAGGUCUGGCAAGUGCUGCUUCAGCUGGAUUCGACGUGGUGGGCCUUGCGAGCGGCCUUUGACAAAUACUUAGAGAAGGCGAAAGACUACUCGUCCACCUACACUUCAUCGGCAAAGCUCCUCCAGGACUACGUCGACUGUGCAGCCCAGUUUGGGCCGGUGCGGGAGGCUUAUGGGCUGCUGGUCCAGGCCGAAGCCAAUGCUAACAAGGCCCUCCACGAGGCUUGGUCGGAGAUGGUGCCUUUGGCCGGGCUGCUGGUGUCGAAGCUCGUCGACUCCAACUCCCUGGUCAAGCUCAGCCUCCACGAUGUGCAGCUCCUGCUGGAGCCGAGCUUGCCCGUCCAGCAGUGGCCCAGGCUCUGUGACGCUGGCCUGGAUGCUGCAGUAGGCUCAGCCGUGAAUCGGAGCCUGGACGAGGGCUUGACAGGGCAAACCAUGCAGCAGUUGGCGACCAUGUUCUCUGAGCUGAUGCUGCUGAAGUCGCGGGCAAACAAGCGGCUGGAGAACCUGGACGUCCUCGAAGACAGCUUGGAAAGAGCGCGAGAACACAUGACACAAAGCUUCGCCGCUCGGCUUCUCUUGCACGAGAGAAUGGCAAAGCAGGUUCGCACAAAGUUUUGCGAGCCCGCACAGGGGGUGUGA